AUGUCUAGUAGAGAACGUUGCGCGGCUGGGCGCCUCAGUUGUGUACAACGGAGCUCACACGCCGCUGCCAUGACUACAAAUGGCGCAUUCCAGGGGUUCGUUUCGUCCGGCGAUUCCAUGUACGGCCAUGCCGGUGACAGCGACGUUUCUGAUGUUUCCGCCGGCGCCGCAGCACCGUAUGAUCCCGCAGCCUACGCUCUCCCAUCCGAUUCGAUACCAUCACAGGCUUACGCAACCGCAUCUACGGCCGUCGAGAGCCUGGGUAGCGUCGCGGCCGCGCUACCUCCUGCACCUGUGGCGAGCGCUACACCAACGAAUUUGAAGGCGGACUCGGUGUUCGAGGGGCUGCGCUGGUCCGAGGAAAUCGCACCGUACUUCUCGGAGAUACGCGAUAUCGGCAACUGGGUGCAGCCGGACCCGCCGGCGAAGGACAAGGUCACGGCGGUGUUCAACUGGAACCAUGGCGGAAGGGAGGUGUACCUCGUGUACAAGGAGGACGGCGAGACCAAGCAAAUACGCAUGUUCAGGAACGGAAACAGCUUCAUGCUGGUGCGAGACGUCCCCAAGGCGAUGGUGGAGUACACCUUCCUGGUGGACGGGGUCGAGCAGUGCGCGCCCGACCAGCCCUACCAGAGGACGGCGGACGGCGUGAAGAACGUUAUGGACUGUGUCAACGUGCUGAGCGUCGAGGCCGUGGUUGAAGCGGACGAGCUGGACCCCUUCGAGGGGCACUUCGACCAGACGAUGCCGGACAUGAGGUACAUGGCGCAGGAGGCGCAGGUCGUCCCGAACGCGCUGCUCUACCGCUCGCCCAACUUCAAGGACGGCGACCGCGUCGACAACGACAUACACAUCAUGGCCAACCACUUAUACGAAGACACGAUGUCCGAGGAGGUGUUGGGCCGCAACUACAAGAGCUACAUCAACAUCUACUGCUGGGAGACCAGCACUCCGGACAUCUCGCUCAGCAGAAACAGCGCGUCGGUCAUCUACGUCACGAAAGCGCCGUACGAGGCAGAGCCCGAGAGCGAGGCGCAGGCGCAGAAGUGGUUCAAUGUCGUCGAGUGA